CUGAGAGGUGAAGCGUGUCUUCAGACGAGUCCGGCUGCCGGUACGCGAUGUCGAGCCCGGUGAGCUACAUCACAACACUCAUCAGAAAAGCAAGCCGCGCGAACCCUUCCACGCACCGAAAACCGGGCUCGCUGAGCCGCCGUCGGUCCGGUGAUGGGCAAGGACGCAAGGCAAGGCGCACUGAGAUCAUCGGCGUGUCACAGGACUACGAAAGGCAAAAUGUGGUCAUUUCGAAAAAUAACAAUGAGACAUUUGGAUUUAAAAUCAAGACUUAUGAGAAGAACACUACUGACUCUGGGCAGGAUAUUUUAACCUGUGUGAGCUCAGUGAGAGAGAAAGGACCUGCAGAGAGAGCUGGCUUAAGGACAGGUGAUCUCAUUAUUAUCAUCAACAACAUCUGUGUAGAAGACUUUGUACAUCAGCGGAUUGUUGACCUUAUUCACAACUCAUCCAGCUGCCUAAAGCUGGAGAUUGUGAGAGGCACUACACUGAAACAAAGGGAACUACAAAAGAAAUUACACCAUCUACAAGAUCAGCUAAGAGAGAAGAGGGCGGAGCUCCAAGUACUUAUCUCACAGGAAGAACAUCUCAGAGGAGGUGACCAAAGAAACAGAGGCUCCCAGUCCUGCCUUGCUCCGGACUAUCUGCCCAUCCCAUCCCAGCCGCUUGGGACCCCCGGGCCAAGGGCUAGUGAGGACCCCACAGGUGGCUGAAAUGUGCCUUUCUGGAUUUCACUGCCUCAGUAAAACAGCUAGCGCUACAGGCCUUCACUAGAAGGACCUGGAACACAACACACCUCUCGGCACUAAUGUUAUACUGACGCGUUGGCCUUUUCGCUGUUCUUCCUGAAUUGCGACAGUAUUUUUCUGUCCUUCAGAAGAAAAGAACAUUUCUGUUUGCACUGUUUAAUGCCUUAAUUUAUUCAUUAUAAUAUUUUUGAAUGGUUUUAUAUUAUGAAGUGUUUGUACAGUUGGACAUCUUUAUAUUAAGUAUAAACUGUAUCGAGAAUAUGUUUCUGUGUAUAAUUAACGUUUUGUAUGUAUAGAUUUAUUUAUUUCUACUUAAAGUUAUGAAACUCUACAUCAGUGGCCUAAUUAAAAGU